AUGGCUUCCUCCGACGAUUUCCCUCUGAUCGACGACUCCUCUCACCUCCACGCGCCGCCGCGCCGCGGCGACAUAAUUGACUCCACCACCGCCAAUAACGGCGAUUUCUUCCCCCGACCCUUCCCCGACGACCCGGACCGGAGUCCGAACCAGACCCGAACCCCCAACACUAAACGAAGCUCUUACUACUACAAAAAACUCAAACCCUCCUCCGCAAACCCUAACCCUACCACCAGCACUACCGAAGCCGAGUCCUCCAGCGGACAGGAAACGGCGUCGCAGCGGGGUGACUAUCGGAAGGACCGCGAGGAGUGGAGCGACACGGCCAUCGCGUGUCUUCUAGAAGCUUUUACUGAGAAAUUCAAUCAGCUGAACAGGGGAAACCUGAGAGGGAGGGACUGGGAGGAGGUGGCUGAGAUGGUCAGCGAGCGAUGUGGGACUGGUGGUGGUAAUAAGUCAACGUACAAGACCGUAGAGCAGUGCAAGAAUAAGAUUGACAAUUUGAAGAAAAGGUACAAGGUGGAGCUGCAGAGGAUCACUAGUAGUGGGUUGGGGGCCAGUCAUUGGCAUUGGUUCAAGAAGCUUGAGGUCAUUCUGGGGAGUUCUCUUGUGCCUAAAGGUGGCGGUGGUUCGGAUGAGGAACGCAGUGGCGGCAGAGCCAAUUCUAAUGUGGCUAAGCAGCCUAAGAGAUACACACCUGGCAGCACUGGAUUUACAAACAACCUGAAAUCCAAAUCGAUGCCAAAUGUAAAAUGGAAAAGAGUAAUGCUUAAAAUUAGUGGUGCUGCGUUAGCUGGGGACUGCCAGAGCAUCGACCCCAAGGUAGCAACGCAGAUUGCUGAGGAAGUGGCAAGAGCUUGCCGUCUUGGAGUGGAGGUAGCAAUUGUUGUUGGAGGCUGUAAUUUCUUUUGUGGAGACACAUGGGUGUCUUCUACUGGAUUGGAUAGAUCUACAGCAUACCAAAUUGGUAUGAUGGCAACAGUCAUGAAUUCUGUACUACUUCAAUCAGCUUUAGAGAAGGUAGGUGUUCAGGCACGGGUCCAAACAGCAUUAACAAUGCCAGAGGUUUCUGAGCCAUAUAACAGGCUUCGAGCCAUACGACAUCUUGAGAAAGGCAGAGUUGUUAUAUUUGGUGGCAUUGGUGCUGGCACUGGAAAUUAUCUCUUCACCACUGAUAUUGCAGCAGCCUUGCGAGCUUCUGAGCUUAACGCAGAGGCAGUCCUUAAGGGUACAAACUUUAAUGGCAUAUAUGAGUGUCAUUCUGGUAGCAACAGUCUCACUGUUGAUCAUAUUUGCUAUAGGGAGGUUGUUUCUAGAGGCAUUACCUCUGUGGACGUCAUGGCAUUAACGUACUGUGAAGAGAAUGGAAUUCCUGUUGUAAUUUUCAAUUUGCUGGAACCUGGAAAUAUUUCAAGAGCUUUAUGUGGAGACCAAGUUGGAACUUUGAUUGAUCAGGCAGGAAGGAUUGGCUAA